CACACCACGAGAGAGACGAUUUACCGCCAAAAAAAGGCUCUCAACUGAGAAUAGACAGCAGCAACUUCUGGGAUACUUGGAUAACUGCCAGUUCAUUGUCAAAGACCGUCUGAAAAAGCUCGAGGUGAAACUUACUUGCUUGGAGUGUUCCGGAAGACUGGGUGAAACCACACAAUACUGAAUCACUGUGCUGCCUGUCUGUUGUGUUCUUAGCUUCAUUCAUGGCUUCGUCAACUUAUUUCCUGGAGGGCGACCUCACCUGUCCAGUUUGCCAUGACAUCUUCAAAGAUCCUGUUCUCCUUUCAUGUAGCCACAGCUUCUGUAAAAGCUGCCUGCAGAGCUGGUGGUCUGAGAAACAAAUCAAUGAGUGUCUAGUGUGUAAAAGAAGGUCCUCAAGGAGCAGACCCCCUUCCAACUUGGUGUUAAAAAACUUAUGUGAGGCCUUCGUAAGGGAGCGAGAUCUGAGAGCUUCUCAAGCUCUCUGUAGUCUUCACUUUGAAAGACUCAAACUGUUUUGUCUUGACCACCAGCAGCCGGUGUGUGUCGUCUGUCGAGAUUCAAAAAAACACACAAACCACAGGUUCAGACCCAUAGAUGAAGCAGCAAAACAUCAUAGGGAAGAAGUUAAGAAACAUAUUAGGCCAUUCCAGGAGAAACUGAAGCUUUUACACCAAGUCAAAGGAAACUGUGAUCUUAUAUCAAAACAUAUCAAGGACCAGGCUCAGCACUCAGAGAUACAGAUUAAGCAGCAGUUUAAGAGGAUUCGCCAGUUUCUGGAAGAGGAAGAGAAGGCCAGGAUCUCCGCUCUGAGAGUGGAAGAGACACAGAAGAGUCAGGUGAUGAAAGAGAAGUUUGAGAUUCUCAGCAGAGAGAUAGCAGCUCUGUCGGAUGUAGUAACAACCACAGAGGAGGAACUGAAAGCUGCAGAUGUCUCAUUCUUGCAAAGCUACAAGGCUGUGGUGGAAAGAGUCCAGCGGGAGAAACCCCUUCUGAAUGACCCACUGCCGCUGUCAGGAACCCUGAUAGAUGUGGCCAGACACUUGGGCAAUCUGACCUUCAAUGUCUGGGACAAGAUGAAGCAGAUUAUCUCCUAUAGUCCCGUGAUUCUUGACCCAAACACUGCUCAUCCUGAACUUGUGCUGUCUGAAGAUCUUUGCGGGGUUAGAUGGGGACAAGGACAGCGUCUUCCUGAAAACCCAGAGAGAAUUCAAGACCUCAGCUCUGUCCUGGGUUCUGAGGGUUUCACAUCGGGGACUCACAGCUGGGAUAUUGAGGUUGGAGACAAUGAAUAUUGGGAACUGGGUGUGCUUGCAAGGUCAGUCGAAAAGAAGAACUUCACAGGAUCUGGACUUUGGAGGAUACGAUUCUACAAUGGUAAAUACAGAGCAAGCUCUGAAUCAGACCCUGACAUUGAUCUCACUGUGAACAAGACAUUCCAGAGGAUUCAAGUACAACUGGACAUGGGGAAAGGAAGGUUGUCAUUCUCUGAUUCUGAUACUGGCACCCUUAUACACACCUUCACUCAUACUUUCAAUGCCACGCUGUUUCCAUAUUUUAACUCAGUGAAUAAUCUCACUCUGAAAGUGUUACCACUGAAGUUGUCUGUAAGACGAGGGAACAUGGUGCGUAAAUGAAACUUUGCUAUCAAUAAAUGCCAAUGGAACUCAUUUUAAGCAUCAUCCAUGUGGAAGAAAUGAUAUAGCAUGGGUGGACUUAUCAGGAAACCCAGUGUUUGAACGGAAGCCCUGGACAUACUAAAAUAACACAACAAGACCUGUAUUUAUCAACAUCUAAGGAUAAAGGACCACUAUUUACUAGAGACUAUCUGAACUAGAGUCAGCAAGAAGGAGAAGAAGUAGGAGAAGAUGGUAUCCAGAAUCACAUCUUCUAGUCUAGUCAGGUUUAUUGUUUCAAUCUUUUGGAUGUAUGCCUUUUAUGCCAAUUUUUAUACUUGUUACUGAUACCUCUUUCAAAUUAUUU